AUGAAGGUCCUGUUCAUCUCAUGCGACGGCCAAGGGCAAGCCCGGAAGACCAGUUCUGACGAAGGAGUGACCCGGUGCCAACAUGCCGCCCGCGAAUAUCACAAGACCGCCAAACUGCGCAGAGCGAGAAACAAAGCCCAGCCCGUGCAUAAGUUUCGCAAGCCAGUGAAGCCACUUGUGAAUCCAACAGAUGAACCAGCCGUCCCGGAGCUCAAGCUCGAGCAACACUUGCCUAUCCAGGUCCUUCUGGGAGCAAGUCGAUCCGAUCCAUUCAACACCAUCGGCGACGCCGGCGCUCCACUCUACGUGCACGAAAUGUUGGAUCAUGCCAUCACAUCGCACUGGUCAGAGUUGUGUCUAACCGACGGCGAAGGACUAAACGCCGCUAGAGCCGAAAUGAUGCAGUCUGUCAUGUAUAGUCCUAUUGCUUGGUACACAAUCGUCUUUGCUGGCGCCACUCACAAUGCAUACCAGUAUGGAGGCCGCGGGACGACGAAGCAGAACGAGCAGCUCAGGCUUGUGUACAAGACGAAAGCCAUCAGCUCGCUUCUGGAGUAUAUACAGGAAAACAGCGACACUGUGUCCGAGGAAGCUCUCCUAAGCAUGAUAACCUUGGCGUCUCAUGGAACCGGCGAGAACCUAAAGGGCCAUGAUGCGUACAAGCGGCAAAAGCUGCCCUUUUUGUCCCAUCUGCACGAUGUCGAAUACUAUGCAAGCAUGGACAUUGGCAUGGAACAUCUGACUGCCGUGUAUUCUAUCGUCGACCAACGAGGAGGACUUCUUACGCUGCGACGGAGGAGUUUGGCCAUUAUCAUCCAGUUGUGCGACAUCAUGACAGCUUGGCGGGGAUUACAGCGUCCUCAUUUCGGUCUCCUGGUGCCGACAAAUGUGCACAUCAGUAAGCGGACCCAUGAACCGGACGUUGUUGCACAAGCCAUGCUUCGGACUCGGACAACAGGCUUUCGCACAUUGAUCAGCAAUGGGUACGCCGGUCUUGAUCAUCUUGUGGAGGUUGCCGAUCACACGAGCAUUUUCUCGGCGGACUUUGAUCAACUGUUGCGUUGCUAUGAUCUCCCGAAAGAGCAACAACCUCUGCAUACUCCCAAAAUCGCACUUGUCAGAUAUAUGCGCUGGUGCGUGCUCCAUGAUAUCUUGAUGCUGCCCGAGCACCUCAUCGACGACGAAAGUCUACCCGAGCAGGUCGUCCACGAGAUCUGUCGCCAUAUCCUGUUCGCAUAUGCGGUGUUCGUCGUGGUGCCCAUGCCACUAAAGACCAAGCUACAUGCCAAAAUCGCCGAACAGCUGGCACGUAUCCUGACCAGGGCGAUCAAGGUGGGCGUUCCCAGCCAACACCAAGGCCUAUUCCACUGUGCAGUCGCUUGGGGCUGGAUGUGUGCAGAAAAGGCGGUCGGAUAUCGCAAGCGCGAGAAGCUACUAGGCAGCUUCGCCACGUUGCUGGAGUUCACUAGGGUCCCACGGAAGCCUGAUUCGUGGCCCAUUGUCGAGGAGAUCAUGAGGUCCUUCUUAUGGAUGGAGGCGUAUUGUGAUGAGCCGGGGCGGAAGUUUUGGGCCAAUGCAUGUGGGCAGGCGGAGGAUGACUUCAAGGUAGAGUCUCCUUGA